CCGUCUCGGUCCUCCCCAGCGGAGCCCCGAGCUCCAGUUCCUCUGGCUCCUGGGCUGCUUCUGCGUGCGGGACACCUUGGGCAGUGUGGCAGGAGGCUGGCUGGCGAUCGGAGGCAAGGAAGCGGCUCGCCGACAAGAGCGAGGAAAGCGGGAAGGCAGCCUCGCUUCGCAGGGAUGCGAGCCGCCCACCAGCCGCGCCUGCCUCGCUGAUCCCGCUCGGCGGCUUUGCUGCGGGUCCCCAAGUUGGGCAGAAUCAAGUGGAGCGCCGCAGCCUUGGCACCGAGGGAGAGAUCCGGCGGCCGAGGGAGCCCGCUGCCCUAACUCGCCUGCUUUGCUCGCCUGCUUUGCUGCCUUAAAAGUUCCUGGAGGAGGAGGAAGAAGAGGAGGAGGAAGGAGAGAGAGAGAGUGGAAGAGGCGCAGGGGAGGGAGGGGGCUUCGCGUGGAGGAGGCUGGAGUCUCCUUCGGAGAGGAGGGCGUCUCUGGAGACCGGCGAGAGGAAGAGCGAGGGAGGCGCCGCCGUCGCUGCCGCCGCUGCCACCACCGCCUUAGCCGGCCGCGAUGCCUUCUGCCUGGAGCCGAGGAGCGUCUGGCCCCGGGGUGAUCGCCCUGCUUCUGGUAGCCCUUGGCAACCUGGGACUUGGCCACGCAGGGAUUGAGUAUGGAGAUGUACUGCCAGAUUCCUUCCCAUCAGCACCUGCAGAGUCCCUCCCCAAUUUCCUCUUGGAGCCACAAGAUGCCUACAUAGUGAAGAACAAGCCGGUGGAGCUGACCUGCAGAGCCAACCCAGCCACCCAGAUCUACUUCAAGUGCAAUGGAGAAUGGGUGAAUCAGAACGAUCAUCUCACAACAGAGAAUCUGGAUGAAGUGACUGGGCUCCUUGUAAGAGAAGUCCAGAUCGAAGUCUCUCGCCAGCAAGUGGAGGAGCUGUUUGGCCUAGAAGAUUACUGGUGUCAGUGUGUGGCCUGGAGUUCUGCUGGAACCACCAAAAGUCGCCGAGCUUACGUUCGGAUAGCAUAUCUGAGGAAGAACUUUGACCAGGAGCCUCUGGGGAAAGAAGUGCCUCUUGAUCAUGAGGUCCUUCUGCAGUGCCGACCUCCUGAAGGAGUGCCAACUGCUGAGGUGGAGUGGCUGAAGAAUGAAGAUGUGAUUGAUGCUUCCCAGGACACAAACUUCCUGAUAACUAUAGAUAACAAUCUUAUCAUCAAGCAGGCUAGGCUUUCUGAUACGGGCAACUACACCUGCGUGGCAAAAAACAUUGUUGCCAAGCGGAGGAGCACCACGGCCACGAUAAUUGUUUAUGUGAAUGGUGGAUGGUCUACCUGGUCAGAUUGGUCCUCGUGCAGCAACCGUUGUGGCCGUGGAUGGCAGAAGCGCACCCGCACCUGCACCAAUCCAGCGCCACUCAAUGGUGGCUCUAUUUGUGAUGGACAAUCUUUCCAGAAGCUUGCCUGCACUACCAUGUGCCCAGUAGAUGGAGCUUGGACUGAAUGGAGCAAGUGGUCAGCCUGUAGCACCGAGUGCACGCACUGGAGGAGCCGAGAAUGCAUGGCCCCAUCUCCCCGAAAUGGAGGCAAGGACUGUAGCGGCGUCCUGCUUGAUUCCAAGAAUUGCACCGAUGGGCUCUGUAUGCAAAAUAAAAGAUUUGUAAGCGAACCCAAAACUCACCUACUGGAGGCAUCAGGCGAUGUGGCUUUGUAUGCUGGCAUAGUGGUGGCCAUUUUCAUCUUCGUUGUUAUCUUGAUGGCUGUUGGGCUGGUUGUGUAUAGGCGAAACUGUCGAGAUUUCGACACGGACAUAACUGACUCCUCUGCUGCAUUAACGGGAGGCUUCCACCCAGUUAAUUUCAAAACUUCCAGAAAUGAUACCCCCCAGUUGCUCCACCCUUCAGUGCAACCGGAUCUGACUGCCAAUGCCGGUGUAUAUCGUGGUCCUAUGUACGCCUUGCAAGAUUCCUCUGACAAGAUCCCCAUGACCAACUCUCCAUUGCUCGAUCCACUCCCUAAUCUCAAGAUCAAAGUGUAUAAUUCCUCCACAGCAUCUUCCUCCGCUGGGAUGCAUGAAGGAGCAGACCUCUUAGGAGCCAUGCCCCCAGGCACCUUCCCGGGAGACAGCCACAGGGAUAACCAUUUCAUGAACCUAAGAAACAAAAGUAUGGGCUCCCAGCAGCUUCUGACUCUGCCUCGAGAUCCUGGGAAUAGUGCCACGGGGACAUUCGGCUGCCUGGGAGGAAGGCUCAUCAUCCCUGGCACAGGUGUGAGUCUGUUAGUGCCACAUGGAGCAAUUCCUCAGGGGAAGUUCUAUGAAAUGUAUCUGAUGAUCAACAAAGCAGAAAAUAUUCUCUUUCCCUCUGAAGGUACACAGACAGUGCUGAGUCCCAGAGUGACCUGUGGUCCUACGGGGCUGCUCUUAUGCCGCCCAGUCAUCUUGACUGUUCCACAUUGUGCAGAGGUCACUUCCCCAGACUGGAUGUUGCAGUUGAAGACCCAGUCCCACCAAGGACACUGGGAGGAAGUUGUGACGCUAGAUGAAGAGACUUUAAACACACCUUGUUACUGCCAGCUGGAACCCAAGUGCUGCCAUGUCCUGCUAGAACAGCUUGGAACAUACGUCCUGGUGGGAGAAUCCUAUUCUAGGUCAGCCAUCAAGAGACUGCAGCUGGCCAUCUUUGCUCCCACCCUCUGUACUUCAUUGGAAUACAAUCUCAAAGUAUAUUGCUUGGAGGACACACCUGAUGCUUUAAAGGAAGUGCUUGAAAUAGAAAGGACUCUUGGCGGUUAUCUGUUAGAAGAGCCCAAGCCUCUACUGUUUAAGGACAGUUAUCACAAUUUGCGCCUCUCGGUUCAUGACAUCUCUCAUUCACUUUGGAGGAGCAAACUCCUAGCCAAAUAUCAGGAAAUCCCUUUCUAUCACAUUUGGAGUGGUAGUCAGAGAGCACUACACUGCACCUUCAGUCUUGAGAGAUACAGCCCAGCUACUACAGAACUUGCUUGCAAAAUCUGUGUUCGGCAAGUUGAAGGAGAAGGGCAGAUAUUUCAAUUACAUAUUACACUUGGAGAGAACUCCAGCUCCUUUGAUGCCUUGCGGUCCUACACUGGCGGUGCCAUGACAACCCAGCUUGGACCACACGCCUUCAAGAUUCCUCUGUCCAUACGGCAGAAAAUCUGCAACAGUCUUGAUGCUCCUAACUCUAGAGGGAAUGACUGGCGGCUCCUUGCCCAAAAGCUUUCCAUGGAUCGGUACCUAAAUUUCUUUGCCACCAAAGCCAGCCCAACGGGGGUGAUCCUGGACUUAUGGGAAGCUCAACAUCAAGACGAUGGAGAUCUUAACACUCUGGCCAGUGCCUUGGAAGAGAUGGGCAAGAGUGAGAUGCUGGUUGUCAUGGCAACAGAAGGAGAGUGUUGAUGCAGCUAUUGGAGACUUCCAGCCACGUGGAGGAUUGAGUAAGAGAGGGACAGGGAAAAACAAAAAACUUAAAAGAGGGAAAAAACGCUCUUUGGAACCAGUGGGGAACAAUUGCAAAGAAGGAACAGAGCAGAGCCAAGGCGCUGAAGGAUUCAACUCAGGUUUCUUCUCCUUCUCAUACUCCUCUCUCCUGAAAUCACAAUCAGCCUUAGAAAUUGCGGAGUUUACAAGCAAUCCAAGUGUUAAAAGACUCCUUCCUCCUAUUCCUCACAGCCUUUGGAUUACAGCUUGAAAGCAAUGCAUCAUUGCUAAUGGGUGACCACAGCCACAGGCAGCAGUGUCUUCUCUAAAUCCCUGUUGCCUCUUGUGUUUCUUAUUAUGAGGGCUGCUGGAAUCUGGGCUGUUAAUUUGUUUGGUUCUUUGUUGAUCUCUUUUCGACUUUUUCUCUUUUCCCAUUCCCUACUUUGCUCUUAUUCCUUCUUUUCUGGCAUUUAUGCUUUGAAGAGUUGAGUACAAUUUAGUCACGACAACUCCUGUCAGAAGCUUCCGACAGCUUAAAAUACACACACGUACAAGGGGAAAAAAAUGGAAAUCCGUUUCUUAGGAAACACAAGUAAAUGUAUUAUCCAGAUCUUUGGAUGCAUCCUUUUUUAAAAUAUAUAUAUAUAUAUAUAAAUAUAUAUUAAGAAUCUUUCAUCUAUGUGAGAGCAAGAAUAUCUUGGCACUCAAAGAGAAAGAGAGAGAAAGAGAGAGAGAAAGAGAGACUUUUGGCGGUAAAUUUAAAAAUGGUCAAUGUUAUGUCAGGGGUGUCAAACUGGCAGCCCACGGGCCGGAUGCCUCACGUGCAGGCCAUGCCCAUUCCAUUUCCGUGAAUGGGGAAAACAUUGCAAAACAUCACAUGACGGCAACAUGAUGUGGUUAGUUUGACACCCGUGAUAUACCGUACUUUUUGGACUAUAAAACGCACUUUUUUGUCUCCCAAAAGCGGGUGAAAAUGUCAAUGUGUCUUACAGACCAAUGAUUGCUGAAGCCCCGCCCACCCACCGGCUUUUUUUUUUUGCCUCCACACGUUUUUGGGCCUUUUUUCAGGCCUUUUUUUUUUUGGCCCAUUUUGGGGGCUUUUUCCAGCCCGUUUUCAAGGUUUUUUUCAGCCCAUUUUUUCAGAAAAAAUGAGCCAAAAAGGGCCAAAAAAGCCUCAAAAACGGGCUGAAAAAAGCCCCCCAAAAAAGCUUCAAAAAUGGGCUGAAAAAAGCCUAAAAAAUGGGCCAAAAAAGCUCCAAAAACAGGCUGAAAAAAGCCCCCAAAAUGGGCUGAAAAAAACUUUGAAAAUUGGCCAAAAAGCCCCUAAAACAGGCUGAAAAAAGCCCCCCCAAAAAA